UUGUGUUGCUAGGUGUGGUUUUGUAACCUCCUUAAAAUCAAAAGCCAAGGGCUGCAUUCUUCUGCUUAGCAAUUUGUGAAGCAACUCCACAGUCCCUCUUCUUGUCCAAAGCUCAAUUUACCAUGUCUAUCAUACAAGAGUUCCUGAGACAAGCCUGUUUCCUGGAGACUAAUUCUGAAACGCAAAAAGCUACUGGUGGCCUUAAGGGAGCUCCAGGUUAUGAUGCAUCAGCAGAUGCUGCCGCCUUAGACAAAGCCAUGAAAGCUAAAGGUGUUGAUGAGGUAACUAUUAUUGACAUUGUGUCUAAAAGAAGUAACGCUCAGCGCCAAGCCAUCAAGAGUGCGUACCAGAGUUCUACUGGAAAGCCUCUGGAGGAAGCUCUAAAAAAAGCUCUCUCAGGAAACUUAGAGGAAGUUGUUUUGGCUUUGCUGAAAACCCAUGCUGAAUUUGAUGCCCAGGAACUUAAGCACGCCACAAAGGGAUUGGGAACUGAUGAGGAUACACUUAUUGAAAUCCUUGUAUCAAGGUCAAACUCUGAACUCAGGGAUAUCAACAGAGUUUACAGAGAAUUGUAUAAGAAUGAUUUAGCAAAGGAUAUAACUUCAGAUACAUCUGGAGACUUCCAAAAAGCAUUACUGGCACUUGCAAAGGGGGACCGUAGUGAAGAUACCCGUGUGAACGAUGAACUUGUUGAUAAUGAUGCCAGGGCGCUCUAUGAAGCUGGUGAAAAGAGAAAAGGAGCAGAUGUUACAGUGUUCAUCAACAUUCUAACCACUAGGAGUUAUAACCAUCUCCAGAAAGUUCUACAGAAAUACACAAAAUACAGUAAGCAUGAUGUGAACAAAGCCCUGGACCUGGAGCUUAAAGGAGACAUUGAAAAAUGUCUUUCAGCUAUUGUGAAGUGUGCUGUAAGCAAAGCAGCUUUCUUUGCAGAGAAACUGUAUUUGUCAAUGAAGGGCUCUGGAACUCGGCACAGAGAAUUAAUUCGAGUCAUGGUCUCCCGUUCAGAAAUAGACAUGAAUGAAAUCAAGUUCCAUUACAACAGAAUGUAUAAAAAAUCUCUGCGCCAAGAUAUUCUGGAUGAUACCAAAGGAGAUUAUCAAACCAUUUUGCUCAAUCUUACUCUAGGUGAUUAAACAAUAUCUGAAUAUCACCUUAAAGAAGAAUACAAUAUACUUACUGCAGCCACUGCAUGAAAACAAACAGCUUCAAUGCGAUAAUACUGUACAUUUCAAGAGCUCGAAAAAGCCCCCAAAAACAUUCCAUUAAAAUUUGUUUUGAAACAUA